UACAUAAAUAAAUACUGAUAAUUUCCUUCUAUGAUAAAACCACUAUAAAUGAAAGAUUAACGAGCAGUUAUAAUUUUAUACGUGAAACGUUGAACAGAAAUGAGUUUUUUCUGCACAUCGCAUAUUGUUAUAAUUAUUAUCACAAUCGUCAUUCGCGAACCACCUUCUGUAACGUGCUGCCGUCAAAAUAUCGAAAUGAGACAACUAGAUGGCAAAUAUGAAAACCAAGUUGUGGCCGUUUUCGGGCUCGGCAAGACAGGCUUAUCUACCAUCCAAGCUUUUGGCCAGAGUAACGUCAGCAAAACGUACGCCUGGGAUGACAACCAGCAACGAGUAACCAACGCGAAAACCAUCUGUCCUCCAGGUACAAUUUUUACCCCUCCUCAAGAAUGGAACUGGCGUGAACUAAAAACAUUGAUAUUAAGUCCCGGAGUACCUUUUUCGUAUCCCAAGCCUCACGAAGUUGUUCAACUAGCGAAAAAAUCAAACUGCGAGAUCAAAUCCGAUAUAGAUCUAUUCCUCGAAAUGAAAACAGACCAGCAGAAAGUAAUCGCAGUUACAGGUACGAAUGGGAAAUCAACGACUACGUCUUUAAUAGGGCACAUUCUACAGCUAGCAGGCAAAAAAGUAUCCGUAGGUGGUAACUUGGGUAAUCCGGUGUUGAAUUUGGAUAAUGAUUCGGAUAUUUACGUUAUCGAAUUGUCUUCUUUUCAAAUAGAGUUGAUGAACGAAUUUGACGUGGAUGUCGGCGUAUUGUUGAAUAUUACACCGGAUCAUUUAGAUAGACACGGAAAUAUGGAGAAUUACGUCGAGAUCAAGAAGAAAUUAAUCGACAGAAGUAAAGUCGCCGUUAUCGGAUGCGAUAACAGAAUUACAGCUCGCAUAUUCGACCAAUUUGCUGGAAAUAAGAUCUCCGUAUUGGCUUCUACGUCACCUUUUUCGAAUUCGAAUAUCAACCAAGGUGAAGCGAAGAUAAAUGUCAUAUCUAACGCUGAAAAUAUCGCAGCCGCGUGCGCAGUUUGUGAAAUUCUGGGAAUCGAUGGAAACGUUGUCGUAAAUGGAAUUAAAUCGUUUGCAGGAUUGAAACACAGAAACGAACCAUUGGGCAGAGUAUCGAAUGUGUUUUUUGUCAACGAUAGCAAAGCAACGAACGCCGAAUCGACGCAGAAGGCGAUUUCGUCUUACAAACGAAUACAUUGGAUCGUCGGUGGCCGGAGUAAAGAAGGUGGUAUCGAAUCGCUAAGAGAAUAUUUUUCAAAUAUCGAAAAAGCUUACUUGAUUGGCGAAUCGACCGAAGCUUUUGCCAACACUUUGAACGAAGGUGGAGUCAACUAUGUUAAAUGUGGCGAUCUAGAGACUGCUUUUAGAAUGGCUUUUGAAGAAGCCUCUAAAAAUAGCGAAGAAGAUCAGGCGACCGUAUUGCUGUCUCCUUCGUGUGCUUCGUACGAUCAAUGGCGGAAUUUCGAAGAACGUGGUGAAGCAUUUUGCAGAAUGUUUGAAAGAUUGAAGAGUAGGUAAUCAUUCAACUGGCUGUGAAAAAAAAAUGGUUAUGCGGAUCGAUUUUAAGAUUUCGAGAAGCCUUGAUCCGUCGUACUUUUCUUUUACGUUUCUUGGAAAUAUUGCGGUGUAUUUCGGGAGGUUUGUCCAUACUGAAGUUGAAUGGAUCGAGGAGAGUUGAAGAAUCUUUUCUUGCGAACUUUCAAAGCGUGUACUUUGGGAAAAGUGGAUUGUAAUCACAUCGUUGGACACAUUUUCUAGCUGGUUGGAUACUUAAUUUGCCUGAUUUCACUUACAAGAAUGAAAAAAAAAAAAAAAAGAAAACACAUCUGGUUUUCUAAUUGUCAAAAUGUUACGCUUGGAGAACGCAAACUCUACGAAAUAUCCACCCAAACCAAAAUCAAAUCACAGAUAGAAAUUCAGCUCGAAAUCGAAUGUGCGUUAUAAAUGUUUUCCCCUUUCUCCAAUGCUUUUCGAUGAAAAGUGAUAAAAAAGCAGCAGGAGGGUGUCUACCGGAAUUUUUUGACCAAAUAUCACUACCUUUCAAAAAAAAAUCACUGCCUUUCAAAAUAUUUUUACCCCCCCCCCUCCAAAGAUUUUUCUUUUUUUUGAAUUUUGUAAUUUUUUACAUUGGAGUAAAUACACGUUUUCAUCAAUUUGAAA